GGCGUGCACAAAACACUGACAGCAGUUUGAUAUUGUGUAAAACAACAGUGCAGGAUGUGUCGGGAGUGCAGCAGAGGGAUCAAAGUGAGAUGUAGCAGGUUGAAGUAGGUUUCCUCAAAGUUAAUGACCUGCAUCAAAAGACAGACGUCAGUAAAAAAGUGGAGUGUAAUUUGCAUGAAGAUGUCGACCUGAGGAAGCUUCAGCAGCAGCUGUCCAGUGACGGAGCAGAAUGGGACACCCCAACGUACCACUCAUGUAUACGUACACGCGCUCCCACAGGAAUAAACGUGGAUCGACCAGUCGACUGCAACCGUGCACGCCCAACGACAACCUGAACAAUGCAUUAGGCGCCAUCAGAGUCCUCGGCCUGGAACUGAUCGAGGACGAACUUAAGCCACAUCUGAACACGGUGCUGAUCAACAUUAAGGACAGGAACAAGGGCGCAGCGGAGCAGGUCGUGAUCAGUGGGAUCCUGCCGGUCCUGGCUCUGUCUCUGAGGCACAGAGGGCCUCUCACGUUGCUGACCGCUAAACUAGUGGCCGAACUCGCCAAGGAAUCUGUGGUUCGUAAAGGUUUUGGUGACGCAGGUCUGGUUACGGCUCUGCUGUCUGUGCUGACCAGCACAGACCAAGAACUGCUCCUCCACGCCGUAAGAGCCAUCUCGCGCAUGUCUUACGACAGCUCUAAGCUGCAGGAGCUGUUACUGCGUCGGGGCGCAGUUCCUCGUCUUGUUGCCAUCCUGCUCCGGUUUCCUGAUAAGGAGCCCCUGGAGGAGGUGUGCCUCCAGGCGCUCUGUAACCUCAGCGGCAUGGCCGUGGCGGAGGAGGCUGGCAUGGUCUGGGAGCGUGGUGCCUCCGUGAGGCCGGGGGAGUCUGUGUUCCACGGCGUCUCUCCUCACACCUGUGGGUUCGCCUCCUCCGUGACUCUGGUGUGCGUCUCUCAGUGGGCGCCAGGUCAAUACGCCGUCAACAUCGAGGUCUUCCAGCGCUGCUCGUCCUCUUUCUGGAGCCUCCACGGGAACAAACGGACCGCUCGUUGGUUCCCGUUCUCCGGCUUGGGAAGCUGUUCCAAUCUGUACAAGGUGAUGAAGUUCUCCACGAGGAAUGUUCCCCGGACCAAAAGUCUGAAGACUCGCAUGUUCCAUACUUUCCUCUGACGGCCUGGACGCCGCAAACACGGUGGCCUUUUACUACCAAAUACCGGUGCACGCCGAAACAUCAGGGGAAUGUUUACACACCAAAAACUUCAACACGCCCAUGAGAACAUACUCAGUCUCUUCCUGCUGACUUUUAUCUCAAAGUUUUGUUCUUUUUGUUGGAAUUCAGUUUAUAAGUUAGAACUAUUUGGUUCACAGUCAGUUGCAGCUGCAGUUCAGCUAUUAAGGGAUGUGAUUCCGCAUCGUACUGUUACUGUUUUUUUGUGCAAUAACUGAAUCAAGGAUAAGGAAAAUGCCCUAAAUCUAUGAACUCUAAACUGGAAAACCUUAAAAAUUAAUGCUAUGAUGAUGUCCUGCUGUUGAUUUGUUCACAAGUGCUUGAAAUAAUUGGGAAUUUCUGUCCU